AAAUGUUUAACUUCACCUUCACCAUUACUACAGCAAUAUGCCUCCAUCAUCAGACCACAACUUUUUACAGAUCUCAUUCAAUCCAGAAAUAACACAAAAGUACACAAUGGAAUUAAUUUCUUAAGCAAGCAAGCAGCCAUGGCAGAAUCCAGAGAUUACGUUGGAGACUUCCUGACAGAAUUCAAGGAGCAGAUAAUUACAAGUGCGACUCGGGUCAGUGACAUUGCUGAGGCUGUUGUCUCCCAAAGUCUGAUCCAUGAAGCAGCAGCUCAACAAGUGCAGGCUGCUCCAACCCAGCAGGAAGCAAUGCGGCUCCUAUUUGAGGCUUUGGAAAGAGAGCCACCCCUAAACAGAGUGUCCUUCCAUCUCAUACUGAGAAUGACAGAGCCUGAACUGAUUCAAGAACUAGAGUGGAGACAACGCAACAGCAAGCAAACGCAAACAGAGAGAAUCAGUCCACCCAGUUCUCCCAGAGAAAAAAGAAGACAGGAUGACAGAAAUGGACAUUCAAGUGACAUCCAGAAAAGAAAAGACUCUCUAAAAAGGCGUAGGCUUGAAACAAUGCGUGCCAUUGAGCAGAUCGAGAAACUCUGGGAAGGAACUCAGCAAGAAAGAACUGAGAUAGACAACAUGAGACAGCGGAUUCAGCGACAGCUAGAUGAGAUAGUCAGGAUGACCACAGAGAAAAGACAACUUGAGAGAACUAUUGCUCACAUGAAAGCUGAGAUGGACCACAUCUGUGAAAGAAUGGAUCGUAAUAAAGAAGAGGUAAAUAGAGAGAGGGAGAGGAUUGAACAAAUGAGAUCUGAUCUCCAAACUGAGCAAACCACACUGGAGCAAAAGCAUGAUGAAAUCUUGAGAGAGAGACAGAACUUAGAGAUGAUCAGAUAUGAGACUCUGAGACAGAAGGAGGAGCUGGAGAGCAACCGUGAAAGCACAAAGUAUGAGAUGGAACGGAUGGAACAAAUGAAAAGUGCCAUACAAGUUCAGAUCAAUGAGAUAGAGAUGAAGAUUGAAGAAACACAGAAAGCAAAGUGUCAGAUGGAGCAGAUGAAAGCUGAAAUAGAGGAGGAGAAAAGCGAGUUGGAGAGAAAAAAGUAUGACAUCAAGAGGCAAAGAGACCAAUUUGAGCAGAUUAAAGUUGACAUACAGCAAGUAAAGAUGGAAAUGGAGCAAAGGUGGCAUGAAACAGAGAAAGAAGGGUUGGAACAGAGAGCUAUAAUCCAAAGAGAGAAAGAUGAGCUGAAAUACCUGCAAGACGAGAUUCAAAGAACAAGAGAAGAGGUUGAAAGAAACAGAGAGCUUUCAAAACAAGAGAAUGAGAGAAUAAACCAGCUGAGAGCUCAAGCGCUUACAGAAAACAACCUCAUUGAAAAGAAAUGGCAAGAUAUCUUAAAAGAAGAAAAGGAUCUGGAAGAGAUGAAAUAUGAGAUUGAGAGAGGUCGAGAGGAGUUGGUGAUGAAUGGUGAGCUGGUCAAAAAGGAAUGGGAAAAGAUCGGACAGGCUAAAAUGGAAAUACAAAAUCACAUGAUAUCUUUGGACGCCAGAGUUGAGGAAAUAAAAAGAGAAACGGACAGGGUGAAAUAUAUGAAAAUAGAGAUGCAGAAGGCCAAAGAUAUUCUAGAAAAACAGAAGGAUGAUGUACGAAAAGCUAAAGAAGAUAUGGAGAAGAAGAGGUAUGAGAUAGUGACAGAAGAGCUAGAGCACAGAGCUCGACUGCAGAGGGAGAGAGAUGAUCUGGAGAGUUUAAGAGUAGAGAUACAAAGGGCUAACGAUAUGGAGAAAGCAAAGAUACUGAAGGAGAAGGAAGACAGUUGUAAGAUAAGAGAAGAAGCCAGACAAGAAAGAGAAAUUAUAGAAUUAAUCAAAACAGAGAUCAAGGCUGAAAAAGACAGCUUGAACCGAAGACAUGAGGAGAUGCUGAGGGAGAGACAAGAGUUAGAGAGAAUUAAACGUGAGACGGACAGAGCCAAAGAGGAGAUUGAGAACAGCCAAGAAGUCACAAUCCGGGAAAAUGAAAAAAUGGAAAAAAUGAAGACUGAAAUUCAGGGACAAAUUGAAGAUAUUGAGAAGAAAAUUGAGGAGAUCCAAAAAACAAAAGAACAAAUGGAGGAGACAAAGGCUGAGUUGGAUGAAGAGCGGGAGGAGCUGGAACGAAAGAGAGAAUUGGUGAGAAGAGAGACCGAACAAUGCGAGUUCCUCAGAAGUGAAAUCCUCAGGGUGAAGGAGGAAAUGGAGAACAGGUGGCAUGAAACAGAGAAAGAGGAAGUCGAACUUAGAGCGAAAACCCAGCAUGAGCUGGAAAGACUGGAAAAAUUAAGGGACGAGGUCCAAAGAUCUCAGAAAAACAUUGAGGAGAGCAGGAUGGAACUCUUGCAGUGGAAGGACAGUCUUGAAAAACUGAAGCUUCAGGCAGAGGAUGACAACCUUGCCGCUAUCAAACAGAUGGAUGAGGCUAAAGCAAAGAGAGAGGAGUUGACAAAAAUGAUAGAACAGAUGGACAAAGAGCGAGAAGAGAUUAAUAACAACAGAGAAAAGGCUAAAGGAGAUGCAGAUGCAAUCAAAAGCAUGAGGAAUGAGCUACAAAGACAAAAGGCAGAAAUAGAAAACAGGAUUACAGUUGCUAAACGAGAAAAAGAGGAGGCAAACCAUGCCAAACUUGCAGUCCAAGAGGCCGAGAUGCUCUUAAAAAAACAAAUGGAAGAGUCAGAAAAGAGACGGUAUGAAACCAUAACAGAGGCAUUGGAGCAAAGAGAUGAAAUACACAAAAAAACAGAGGAGUUGGAACUAAUAAACAAAGAGAUACAAAGAGCUAGAGAUGAGUUAGAAAGGUUGAGGCAUUCUGAAAAAGAGAACCUGCAGAAAAUGCUGGAGGAUACACAGCAAGAGAAAGAAUUUGUUAAGCAAAUGAAAAUAGCUGUGUUGAAGGACAAGGAAGAUCAGGAAAAGCGUUUAGCUGAUAUGGACAAGGAGAGAGAGGAAAUUAAACAGAUAAGAGUUCAGGUCCUGAAUGAGAAGAAAGAUAUAGAAAAACGAAGGUAUGAAAUUAUGAGAAAUGAUGUAGAACAGAGUGCACAAGUGCAGAGACAAAGAGAAGAACUUGAGAAGAUCAAGACUCAGCUAUUUCUGGACACAGAGACCAUGAUCAGAAGCAGAGAGUUAGCGCAACAAGACAAAGAGAAAGCUGAACAACUUAUGAAUGAGAUCCAGGAACAAAGAGAGGAAGUGAAUAAAAGGUUAGAGGAGACAAAACGACGAGAGGACACUUUGAGGAAGAUGAGAGAGGACAUGGAGCACGAGAAAGAAGAUCUGGAGAAGAUCCGUGUGGAAACACUAAGAGGGAAAGACACAUAUGAAGAGGUCAAGGAUGAGAUUAACAGGGUGAGAGCAGAGAUAGAGAGGUUGUGGGAUGAGGCUGAAAAGGGAGAGCCUGAGGAACGUGAGAGGAUGAACCGGGAGAAGGAGGAGAUGAUGAGAAAGAUGGAAGCUAUGAAGAAGGAGAUGGGUGAGAUUGAAGACAUGAAGAUGGAGUUAACAAAACAGAAGGAGGACAUCGACGUAAAGAUGGAAAAGGCAAGGCUGGAAAUGAGUUAUCUUGAAAAGAUGAGGGCAGAGCUACAAAAACAGAAAGAAGAUAUUGAAAUCCAGAUAAUGGAAACAAAGAGUGAGAGAAACCAGAUGGAACUGAUGAGGACUGAGAUCCUAAAACAAAAAGAGGACGUUGAAAGGAAAAUGGAGCUAGCAAAAGCAGAGAUGGACAAAAUGCAGCAUGUCAAAGAGGAAAUACAAAGACAAAGAGAAGAGCUGGAUGAAAGGAUGCAGAAAACCAAACGAGAGAUUGGAGAAAUGGAGCUGAUGAAGAGAGAAAUGGAAGGGAAGAAGAAAGAACUUGACCAAAGGAUGAAAUUGACCAUGAGGAAGAAGGAUGAGAUGGAACGACUGAGGAUGGAGAUACAAAGGGCAAAAGACGAGAUGGAGCAGAAAAGAGUGGAGACGGAGAGGCAGAAAUAUGAAAUGGAGCAAGUUAAAGCUGAAAUCCAAAGAGCGAGAGAGGAGUUUGAACUAAGAAUGGAGGAGAGAGAUUUAGAUGAAGAGAAAGGACAGAUGAAUCUCACGAUAAUCAACCUUAUUCAACAGAUUGAGGGGACGAGAGAAAUGGUGCGGAAAGCAAAAUUCCAGAUUGAAAGCCGAAUGGUAGGAAGUCAGAUGGAGACAACAGACCAAGAGGAGAUGAAUGCUGAGAUGCACAGGCUCAUUUUGGAGAUUGAACACAUUCGGGAAAUGCUGCGAGGUCUUAAGGCUGAGGUAGAACACAACAAGGAAACGAUGAAGAGAGACAGAGAUGAGAUGAGGCUACUGAAGAAUGAAGUUCAACGAAGGAGAAGAGAGAUUGAAUAUAGAGAAGAAAGAAUUAUGAGAGAACGAGGUGAACUAGAACUCAUGAGAAAUAUGAUGCAGCGGCAAAGAGAAGAACUGGAGGAGAGGCUGGAGGAGAUCAUUAAAGAGAAUGAUAUGGUGGAGCAGAUGAGAGAAGAUGUGAAAAAUGCUUUUGAGGACAUAGCACAGGCCAAAGAAGAGAUAAAGAGACAGAAAGAACACAUUGCUCUAGAAAAGACCAGUAAAGAAAAGGUUCUACCAGCCAUGAUUCCAACUGAGAGCCAGGAGUAUGCAAAAACAGAAGAACCAGCUGCCAUUAAAGUGAAAGACUAUGUGAGUGAUAUACAUAAAGAAAGACGAGAACUGGAACAAUAUAAAGAAAUAUUUUUAAAAGAGAAACAGGACCUAGAGAAAACAAAGGAGGAUGUACGAGCGGUAAAGACUGAAGCUGAAGAGAGGAUGAAAAAAUUACAAGAGAGGGAAACAGAGAUGGAAAAGAAACGAGUGAGUCUACAAAACAGGGAAAGACUGGUGCAAUCAGAAAGAGAAGAAAACCAGAGAGGUCUAGAUAUAAUACGGAAAGAGAAGGAGCAGCUAGAUCAAAGAAAACAAGAACUAGAGAAUAUGGAAGUAAAUCUACAGAGAGAGAAAUGUGAAUUGGAAAAGGCAAGACUGACAGAGAUUAAACUAGUUGAUGUACAAGUUCAAACUGAUGUGAUGAAGGAUGCAGGAAAAUAUCAGAUGAUCUUGACUAUGGAAGAGCUGGAUAAAGAGCGGCAAGCUCUGAAGAAUUUCCAAGAAGAAUUACUUGCACAAAAAAGUACAAUUGAGAGACAACUGGCAGAAAUAAAACUGAGCAAGGAUGAAUUUUCGCUCAAAGAAGCCGCACUGCAAACUGCAGCAAAAAACACAGCAGACAUAGAGUUACAAUUAGAGCUACGAAAACAGGAGCUAGAAAGAACAAAAUAUGAGCUGGAAAAGACAAAGCUAGAAAUACAGAAAGGAUGGGAUGACCUGCAGGCUGAGAUAACAGAAAGCAGAGAAAAAGAAGACAUGAUAAGAACAGAAUUAGAAAAUGUGAGAAAUGUCCUAAAUCACAUCCAACAGGAUACAGAAAAACAAAAGCAAACCAUGGAGGCUGACCUAAAAUACACUUUUGCUAGAGAACUAGAAGACAUAGAAGGUCAGAGAAAAGGGAUAGAGGAUGAAAAGGGAAUGUUACAGAACAUGAAAUAUGAGCUGCAAAAAGAGUCUAGUGAAAUCGAAAGGUUAAAACAGGAUGUGCUGAAAGAAAGAGAGAAUAUGGAGAAAUGGGCAGAGCAGCUUAAACAAGAGAGGGAGGAACUAGAAAAGAAAAUGUGUAAUCUGCAACAAAUACAAGCAGAAAUAGCCAGAGAAAAUGAAUAUAUAGAGAACCUGAGAGAGGAGAAUAAGCUGACACUGAAGGAGAUCCAAAAGGAGAGAGACACUCUUGAGAAAAUAAAUGAACUAAUUUUACACAAAAAAGAUGAUUUUGAGAAUGAGAAGGAGGAAAUAAAGCAAAAAGAAAAUGAACUGCAGCAAAUGCAGGCUGAUCUCAACAGACAACAGAAAGACAUGCAGGAUAUUCAGAAUAUAGUUCUAAUGCAAAAAAGUCAACUUCAGAAAAGCCAAGAUGAAAUAGCCGAAAAGCUAAAACAGGCGGAAUACAUCAGGCAGUUCACACAAAAUGAAAAAGACAAUCUUGACAGAGAAAGGAUGGUUAUAAUGGAACAGAAGCAGCAGAUGGAAAGCAACUUGACAGAUGCAUUAAACAGAGAACUGGAAAUUGUGGAGCUUUUGAAAAAAGAGGUACUAAAUCAGAAACAACUUAUUGAGGACUGCAGAAUAGAUUUAAUGAGGGAUAAAGAAGAUCUGGAGAGGAAGAAAAUAAAUUUGGGCAGUCAGGAAGAGGAGAUAAAAUUACAAAGACAAAGUUUAGCAGAAGAGAAAAGCAAGUUGCAACACACUGAAUCUGUGCUGCAACGAGUAGCCGAAGAUACCGAGAAGCUACGACAAGAUGCACUAGCUGAAAGACAGAAACUUAAAAACACUGCUGCGCAACUUCAGAAAGAGAGAGAUGACAUUGUGAGCCUUGCAGAAGAGACAAAAAGAAAGAGAGAGGACCUGGAUAAAAUGCAAGCUGAUUUAGAAAAGCAGGAGAAAUCAUUACAGAUAUUGAAGAGCAUAAAGGCUGAUCUGCAAAAAGAAGCCAGUGUCAUUGAAAAUUUAAGACAAGCUGUUCAAAAUGACAUACAAAAUGUAAAAGAUAUGGAAGCCAAAAUUCAAAAAGAAAGACAAUACAGUGAUAGUCUAGUUGAAGAGUUUGAAAAGAGGUCCAAAGCUCUGGAUGAGGUGCGCAUGGAGGUUGAAAAAGAAAAGCGAUAUGUUGAGUCUGAGAGAGAUGUGCUAGAACAGGAAAAGUCUAAGCUCAGAGAUCUAAAAGAUGAAGUCGCUCAGCGAAAAGAACAGAACAUUAUUAUACUGGCAGAGAUAGAAAAGGAAAGAGACAAUCUUGUCCAGCUGAGUGAAACCAUCUCAAAUCAGAGCUGCAUUGUUGAAAGUGAUAAAGAAAAUUUAAGAUGGAGAGAAAAUGAACUGAAACAAAAAGAAGCAGAAAUUGAAAACAAACAAAAACAAAUAAAUGAGUUGAAGAGCAGUUUAAGAAAGGAAAAGAUGCAAGUUGAGCAGAUGCAAGUUGACCAAGAUCAACAAUGGACAGUUGCACAUGAAAAAAUACAGUACGUUGCAAGAGAUAUUGGUGUGACAGAUCUGGAGAAAGAGAGACAGGAAAUUGAGAAUUUGAGAGAAGAACUGAGGGUGAAAUAUGAAAAUGUGGAGCUCCAAAUGAGAUAUUUAACUGAGCAAAAAGAAGUAUUUGAAAGCUGCUUGAAAUCACUAGAAAUGGACAAGGAAGACAUAGAGAAAAAUAAAGCCAAACUGCACAAAGAAUUUGAAAAAUUUCAGUUUCAGAGGCAAUCAUUUGAGAAGGAGAUACAGCAGGUGAGAGCUGACCUUCAGACAGAGGCUGACAAUACUGACAGAAUAAAGAAAGAGGUGGUAGCUGAAAAACAGAGUAUAAAAGACAUGGCAGCUCAAAUUCAACAUGAGGGAAAUGACAGAAAAGAAGCUCUUGAGAGAAUACGCCUUGAGCUAGAAAAACAAAAGCAAGACAUUGAGACUGAAAAAAAUAUACUAGAAAACCAAAAGUUCGAAGUGGAGAAAAGCAUAAGAGAGAUAGCUAGAGCAAAAGAUGAUCUUGCUGACAAGAGAAAAAUAAAUGAUAUUGAUCGGUCAGAGAUGGAGAAGCAGAAAAAUUCCCUUGAGCAAAUCAAGAUAAACAUAUCACAAGAGGAACAUGGUAUUAAAAUAGUGAAGGAAAGUUUAAGACACCAAGAAAAUAACCUGAAAAUACGUACAUCACAACUUCAUGCACAACAGAAAGAAAUAGAAGAGAUUCAGGAUGUUAUCAUGAAAGAAAAGAGUCAGCUUAAUGAAAGACAGGCUGAAAUGGAAAAGCAAAAGAGAGAGUUAGAGAAUGUGAUGGACAGACUUGAAAAAGAGAGGGCUAAUAUAAUGGAAGAAAGACAAAGAGUGAAUGGCAUUGCAGUAGAACUGAAGAGGGAAAGUGAAACAGUGGAGCUGAUGAAACAAGAAGUUCUCCGUGAAAAAGAAUCUAUUGAAAACAGCAGGCAAAUACUGAAUAAAGAUCUAGAAGAUAUACAAGAAAAUAGAACCAUCUUAGCUGAGGAGUUUGAGACCUUAAACUACCAGAAACAAUUGACUGGUCAAGAAAAGCAAGAAUUUGAUAAGAUGAAAAAUGAGCUCCAACAAGAAAAGGCAAUUAUUGCUAAACUUAGGCAAGACAUAGAAAAUGGCAGGCAGAAGGCUGAGGAAGUGGCGAUCAAACUCCAAAAAGAGAAGGAAGAUAUAGAGAUUUCCUUUGCCAGGAUAAGAUCAGAGGAAGAAGAUCUAAGAAAACAAAAACAAACAAUUGAAUCUGAUAGAGACACUCUUAAAAAGCACAAGUCUGACCUAGAAAAAACUAAAGCAGAGAUAGCCAGAGCCAAAGAAGAUCUCGAAAACCAAAUUGAAUCACAAAAAAGACAAAAUGAGGUAACGCUGGCAGAGAUAGAGAGAGAGAAACACAUUCUUGAGCAGUUAAAGAUGAACGUAUUACAACAGAGAGACGAUUUAGAAAAGGACAUCGAACAAACAAGAUACAAACAAACAGAGCUACAACGUCUAAAAAUGGAGAUUCAGAAAGAGCAAAAAGUGAUAGAUGAGCAGAAGAUGAUGACUGCAACAGGGCAGAGUGGGCUGAAAGACAUUAAAGCUCAGAUAGAUAAAGAGAAAAAAGAGACAGAUGACACCAAAGAACAGAUUAUAAAGGAGAGAGAUGAUAUUGAGAGAGAAAAGGCAGAAUUAAUGAAUCAAAAACAACAUAUGGAGGUAAAUUUGAGGCAAGAACUAAAAAUGGAAAGUGAAAAGCUAGAGCUGAAAAAGGAGGAAUUGACUGAAAAGGAAAUGUUGGAAAAUUAUAGACAACUGCUGAAGAGAGACAUGGAAGAUCUGCGACAAAAACGAAUUAAUGUAGAAAGAGAUUCAGAGAGUCUGAAACAUGAUAGAGAAGCUUUAGAGAAUGAGAAGGAAUUAAUAAAACAGAUCAAAACUGAACUGAAAAGAGAGACAGAAGAAAUUGAGAAGAUCAAACAACAAACACAACAUGAAAGACAAAAGCUGGAUGAAAUGACAGCUCAACUCCAGAAAGAGAGGAAAGAAAUCAAUGAUCUUACUGAGGAGACCAAAGGAAAAGGCACAGUCUUGGAUGAAAUGAACAAAGAAAUUCAAGUGAAAAUUAAAGAAAUUCAAUCUGAUAGAGAUAUCAUUGAGAAGGAAAAACAUGAACUUGAGAAAAUCAAACGGGAACUUGCUAUCGCAAAGGAGGAUAUUGAAAAAGAAAGAGAAAAGCAAGGAAUCACACUAGAAGAGAUACAGAAAGAUAGAGAGAGUCUAGAGAAGAUGAAGGAGACCAUCACAAGACAAACACACGUUACGAAAAAUCAAGAGGAACAACUGAGACAAAAACAACAUGAGCUUGAGCAAGUGAAAAUUGAAAUUCAGAAUAUGCAGAGAGAACUAGACAAUGACAGAAACAUUAUAAUAAAAGACAAAAGUCAGCUUGAUCUGAGACAAUCUGAGCUAGACAAACUACAGGGAGAAGUGAGUGACAUUAUGGAAAAAAUGAGGAAUGAGAGAAGCCAACUAGAUAAAGAUAAACAUGAGAUUGAAGAACAGAAACAGCAAUUGAAGAAAGAAAAAGAUGAUGUAGACCAAAGCAGAGAAUAUCUGACUGAAGACUUAAAAAUGAUGACACUUCAGAAACAAGUGUUUGAAGAUGAGAAGAACAAGUUAGAACAGAUGAAGAUUGAUCUGCAAAGAGAAGCUGAUGAUAUCAGAAAGCUCAAAGAAGAAACACAAAAUGAGGAACAGAGUGUGAAAAAGAUGGCCAGAGAACUUCAGAAGGAGAAAGAAGUUAUUGUUAAUCUUGCUGAAGAUACAAAGAGAAAACAUGAGAUUCUGGAUGAAAUGAAAACUGAAAAUGAGUCUUUAAUGGCAGAUCUACAAAGAGAGAAAAACAAACUUGAGCAAAUGGGAUUGAACAUCUCCAAAGAAAAUGAUGAUAUUGAAAAUGAGAAAGAGAAAAUAAGACUCAGACAAGAUGAGCUAGAUCAACUACAAGCAGAGAUUUAUAAACAACAAAGUGAAAUGAAAAAGGAAAAUAACAACAUUGAAAGUGUAAGAGCUGCAGUGAUCAGAGAAAAACAGGACAUGAUGACUGAGCUGAGAAAGAAGUCUGAAGAUGUUGAGAUUCAGAUGAAUGAGGUAAUGACCAAACAGGAAAUGUUGGAAAAUGAUAGAAAACUGCUGAAGAGAGACAUGGAAGAUCUGCAACAAAAACUAGUUAAUGUAGACAGAGACUCAGAGAGUCUGAAACAUGAUAGAGAAGCUUUGGAGAAUGAGAAAGAGUUAAUAAAACAGAUCAAAACUGACCUACAAAGAGAGACAGAAGAGAUUGACAAGAUCAAACUACACACACAAGAUGAGAUGCAAAAACUGGAGGAAAUAACAGCUCAACUCCAAAAAGAGAGAGAAGAAAUCGACAAUCUCAUUGAGGAGACAAAAAGAAAAAACAUGGUCUUGGAUGAAAUUAAUACAGAAAUUGAACUGAAAUCUAAAGCCAUUCAAUCUGAUAGAGACCAGCUUGAGAAGGAAAAACAUGAACUUGAGAAAACCAAACAUGAACUUGCUAAAAUCAAAGAGGAUCUUCAAAAGCAAUUUGCUGAGCAAGCAGAAAAGAAAGAAUUAAUCCUGGCAGAGACACAGAAAGAGAGAGACACCCUAAAGGAGAUGAAUGAGACCAUCACAAGACAAAUACAUGAUAUAAAAAAUCAAGAGGAACAACUGAGACAAAAACAACAUGAACUUGAGCAAGUGAAAAUUGAAAUUCAGAAUAUGCAGAGAGAACUAGACAAUGACAGAAACAUUAUAAUAAAAGACAAAAGUCAGCUUGAUCUGAGACAAUCUGAGCUAGAUAAACUACAGGGAGAAGUGAGUGACAUUAUGGAAAAAAUGAGGGAUGAGAGAAGCCAACUAGAUAAAGAUAAACACGAGAUUGAAGAACAGAAACAGCAAUUGAAGAAAGAAAAAGAUGAUGUAGACCAAAGCAGAGAAUAUCUGGCUGAAGACUUAAAGAUGAUGACACUUCAGAAACAAGUGUUUGAAGAUGAGAAGAACAAGUUAGAACAGAUGAAGAUUGAUCUGCAAAGAGAAGCUGAUGAUAUCAGAAAGCUCAAAGAAGAAACACAAAAUGAGGAACAGAGUGUGAAAAAGAUGGCCAAAGAACUUCAGAAGGAGAAAGAAGUUAUUGCUAAUCUUGCUGAAGAUACAAAGAGAAAACAUGAGGUUCUGGAUGAAAUGAAAACUGCAAAUGAGUCUUUAAUGGCAGAUCUACAAAAAGAGAAACACAGCCUUGAGCAAAUGAGAUUAAACAUUUCCAAAGAAACUGAUGAUAUUGAAAAUGAGAGAGAGAGAAUAAGACUCAGAAAAGAUGAGCUAGAUCAACUACAAACAGAGAUUAAUAGACAACAAAAUGAAAUGAAAAAGGAAAAUAACAACAUUGAAAGUGUAAGAGCUGCAGUGAUCAGAGAAAAACAAGACAUGAUGACUGAGCUGAGAAAGAAGUCUGAAGAUGUUGAGAUUCAGAUGAACGAGGUAAUGACCAAACAGGAAAUGUUGGAAAAUGAUAGAAAACUGCUGAAGAGAGACAUGGAAGAUCUGCAACAAAAACUAGAUAAUGUAGACAGAGACUCAGAGAGUCUGAAACAUGAUAGAGAAGCUUUGGAGAAUGAGAAGGAAGUAAUAAAACAGAUCAAAACUGACCUACAAAGAGAGACAGAAAAGAUUGAGAAGAUCAAACUACAAACACAAAAUGAAAGACAAAAGCUGGAUGAAAUGACAGCUCAACUCAAGAAAGAGAGGAAAGAAAUUAAUGAUCUUACUGAGGAGACCAAAGGAAAAGGCACAGUCUUGGAUGAAAUGAACAAAGAAAUUCAAGUGAAAAUUAAAGAAAUUCAAUCUGAUAGAGAUAUCAUUGAGAAGGAAAAACAUGAACUUGAGAAAAUCAAAAGGGAACUUGCUAUCGCAAAGGAGGAUAUUGAAAAAGAAAGAGAAAAGCAAGGAAUCACACUAGAAGAGAUACGGAAAGAUAGAGAGAGUCUAGAGAAGAUGAAGGAGACCAUCACAAGACAAACACACGUUACGAAAAAUCAAGAGGAACAAAUGAGACAAAAACAACAUGAACUUCAAAAACUGAAAACUGAAAUUCAAAAUCAGAAACAGGAACUAGACAAUGACAGAAACAUUAUAAUAAAAGACAAAAGUCAGCUUGAUUUGAGACAAUGUGAGGUAGAUAAACAACAGGGAGAAGUGACUGACAUUAUGGAAAAAAUUAGGAAUGAAAAAAGACAACUAGAUAAAGAUAAACAUGACAUUGAAGAACGGAAACAGCAAUUGAAGAAAGAAAGAGAUUAUGUAGACAAAAGCAGGGAAGGUCUGAAUGAAGACCUAAAUAUGAUGACAAUUCAGAAACAAGUGUUUGAAGAUGAGAAGAACAAGUUAGAACAGAUGAAGAUUGAUCUGCAAAGAGAAGCUGAUGAUAUCAGAAAGCUCAAAGAAGAAACACAAAAUGAGGAACAGAGUGUGAAAAAGAUGGCCAAAGAACUUCAGAAGGAGAAAGAAGUUAUUGCUAAUCUUGCUGAAGAUACAAAGAGAAAACAUGAGAUUCUGGAUGAAAUGAAAACUGAAAAUGAGUCUUUAAUGGCAAAUCUACAAAAAGAGAAACACAGCCUUGAGCAAAUGAGAUUAAACAUCUCCAAAGAAACUGAUGAUAUUGAAAAUGAGAAAGAGAAAAUAAGACUCAGACAAGAUGAGCUAGAUCAACUACAAACAGAGAUUCAUAAACAACAAAAUGAAAUUAUAAAGGGAAAGAACAACAUUGAAAGUGAAAGAGCUGCAGUGAUCAGAGAAAAACAGGACAUGAUGACUGAGCUGAGAAAAAAGUCUGAAGAUGUUGAGAUUCAGAUGAAUGAGGUAAUGAUCAAACAGGAAAUGUUGGAAAAUGAUAGAAAACUGCUGAAGAGAGACAUGGAAGAUCUGCAACAAAAACUAGUUAAUGUAGACAGAGACUCAGAGAGUCUGAAACAUGAUAGAGAAGCUUUGGAGAAUGAAAAGGAAUUAAUAAAACAGAUCAAAACUGACCUACAAAGAGAGACAGAAGAGAUUGAAAAGAUCAAACUACACACACAAGAUGAGAUACAAAAACUGGAGGAAAUAACAGCUCAACUCCCGAAAGAGAAAGAAGAAAUCGACAAUCUCAUUGAGGAGACAAAAAGAAAAGACAUGGUCUUGGAUGAAAUUAAUACAGAAAUUGAACUGAAAUCUAAAGUCAUUCAAUCUGAUAGAGACCAGCUUGAGAAGGAAAAACAUGAACUUGAGAAAACCAAACAUGAACUUGCUAAAAUCAAAGAGGAUCUUGAAAAGCAAUUUGCUGAGCAAGCAGAAAAGAAAGAAUUAAUCCUGGCAGAGACACAGAAAGAGAGAGACACCCUAAAGGAGAUGAAUGAGACCAUCACAAGACAAAUACAUGAUAUAAAAUAUCAAGAGGAACAACUGAGACAAAAACAACAUGAACUUGAGCAAGUGAAAAUUGAAAUUCAGAAUAUGCAGAGAAAAUUAGACAAUGACAGAAACAUUAUAAUAAAAGACAAAAGUCAGCUUGAUCUGAGACAAUCUGAGCUAGACAAACUACAGGUAGAAGUGAGUGACAUUAUGGAAAAAAUGAGGAAUGAGAGAAGCCAACUACAUAAAGAUAAACACGAGAUUGAAGAACAAAAACAGCAAUUGAAGAAAGAAAGAGAUGAUGUAGACCAAAGCAGAGAAUACCUGACUGAAGACUUAAAGAUGAUGACACUUCAGAAACAAGUGUUUGAAGAUGAGAAGAACAAGUUAGAACAGAUGAAGAUUGAUCUGCAAAGAGAAGCUGAUGAUAUCAGAAAGCUCAAAGAAGAAACACAAAAUGAGGAACAGAGUUUGGAAAAGAUGGCCAAAGAACUUCAGAAGGAGAAAGAAGUUAUUGUUAAUCUUGCUGAAGAUACAAAGAGAAAACAUGAGAUUCUGGAUGAAAUGAAAACUGCAAAUGAGUCUUUAAUGGCAGAUCUACAAAGAGAGAAAAACAAACUUGAGCAAAUGAGAUUGAACAUCUCCAAGCAAACUGAUGAUAUUGAAAAUGAGAAAGAAAAAAUAAGACUCAGACAAUAUGAGCUAGAUCAACUACAAACAGAGAUUCAUAAACAACAAAAUUUAAUUAUAAAGGGAAAGAACAACAUUGAAAGUGAAAGAGCUGCAGUGAUCAGAGAAAAACAGGACAUGAUGACUGAGCUGAGAAAGAAGUCUGAAGAUGUAGAGAUUCAGAUGAAUGAGGUAAUGAUCAAACAGGAAAUGUUGGAAAAUGAUAGAAAACUGCUGAAGAGAGACAUGGAAGAUCUGCAACAAAAACUAGUUAAUGUAGACAGAUACUCAGAGAGUCUGAAACAUGAUAGAGAAGCUUUAGAGAAUGAGAAGGAGUUAAUAAAACAGAUCAAAACUGACCUACAAAGAGAGACAGAAGAGAUUGACAAGAUCAAACUACACACACAAGAUGAGAUGCAAAAACUGGAGGAAAUAACAGCUCAACUCCAGAAAGAGAGAGAAGAAAUCGACAAUCUCAUUGAGGAGACAAAAAGAAAAGACAUGGUCUUGGAUGAAAUUAAUACAGAAAUUGAACUGAAAUCUAAAGCCAUUCAAUCUGAUAGAGACCAGCUUGAGAAGGAAAAACAUGAACUUGAGAAAACCAAACAUGAACUUGCUAAAAUCAAAGAGGAUCUUGAAAAGCAAUUUGCUGAGCAAGCAGAAAAGAAAGAAUUAAUCCUGGCAGAGACACAGAAAGAGAGAGACACCCUAAAGGAGAUGAAUGAGACCAUCACAAGACAAAUACAUGAUAUAAAAAAUCAAGAGGAACAACUGAGACAAAAACAACAUGAGCUUGAGCAAGUGAAAAUUGAAAUUCAGAAUAUGCAGACAAAACUAGACAAUGACAGAAACAUUAUAAUAAAAGACAAAAGUCAGCUUGAUCUGAGACAAUCUGAGCUAGACAAACUACAGGGAGAAUUGAGUGACAUUAUGGAAAAAAUGAGGAAUGAGAGAAGCCAACUAGAUAAAGAUAAACACGAGAUUGAAGAACAGAAACAGCAAUUGAAGAAAGAAAGAGAUGAUGUAGACCAAAGCAGAGAAUAUCUGACUGAAGACUUAAAGAUGAUGACACUUCAGAAACAAGUGUUUGAAGAUGAGAAGAACAAGUUAGAACAGAUGAAGAUUGAUCUGCAAAGAGAAGCUGAUGAUAUCAGAAAGCUCAAAGAAGAAACACAAAAUGAGGAACAGAGUUUGGAAAAGAUGGCCAAAGAACUUCAGAAGGAGAAAGAAGUUAUUGCUAAUCUAGCUGAAGAUACAAAGAGAAAACAUGAGAUUCUGGAUGAAAUGAAAACUGAAAAUGAGUCUUUAAUGGCAGAUCUACAAAGAGAGAAAAACAAACUUGAGCAAAUGAGAUUGAACAUCUCCAAGCAAACUGAUGAUAUUGAAAAUGAGAAAGAGAAAAUAAGACUCAGACAAGAUGAGCUAGAUCAACUACAAGCAGAGAUUUAUAAACAACAAAAUGAAAUUAUAAAGGGAAAGAACAACAUUGAAAGUGAAAGAGCUGCAGUGAUCAGAGAAAAACAGGACAUGAUGACUGAGCUGAGAAAGAAGUCUGAAGAUGUUGAGAUUCAGAUGAAUGAGGUAAUGAUCAAACAGGAAAUGUUGGAAAAUGAUAGAAAACUGCUGAAGAGAGACAUGGAAGAUCUGCAACAAAAACUAGUUAAUGUAGACAGAGACUCAGAGAGUCUGAAACAUGAUAGAGAAGCUUUGGAGAAUGAGAAGGAGUUAAUAAAACAGAACAAAACUGACCUACAAAGAGAGACAGAAGAGAUUGAGAAGAUCAAACUACAAACACAACAAGAGAUUGAAGAACAGAAACAGCAAUUGAAGAAAGAAAGAGAUGAUGUAGACCAAAGAAGAGAAUAUCUGACUGAAGACCUAAAGAUGAUGACACUUCAGAAACAAGUGUUUGAAGAUGAGAAGAACAAGUUAAAACAGAUGAAGAUUGAUCUGCAAAGAGAAGCUGAUGAUAUCAGAAAGCUCAAAGAAGAAACACAAAAUGAGGAACAGAGUGUGAAAAAGAUGGCCAAAGAACUUCAGAAGGAGAAAGAAGUUAUUGUUAAUCUUGCUGAAGAUACAAAGAGAAAACAUGAGAUUCUGGAUGAAAUGAAAACUGAAAUUGAGUCUUUAAUGGCAGAUCUACAAAGAGAGAAAAACAAACUUGAGCAAAUGGGAUUGAACAUCUCCAAAGAAAAUGAUGAUAUUGAAAAUGAGAAAGAGAAAAUAAGACUCAGACAAGAUGAGCUAGAUCAACUACAAGCAGAGAUUUAUAAACAACAAAGUGAAAUGAAAAAGGAAAAUAACAACAUUGAAAGUGUAAGAGCUGCAGUGAUCAGAGAAAAAGAGGACAUGAUGACUGAGCUGAGAAAGAAGUCUGAAGAUGUUGAGAUUCGGAUGGAUGAGGUAAUGAUCAAACAGGAAAUGUUGGAAAAUGAUAGAAAACUGCUGAAGAAAGACAUGGAAGAUCUGCAACAAAAACUAGUUAAUGUAGACAGAGACUCAGAGAGUCUGAAACAUGAUAGAGAAGCUUUGGAGAAUGAGAAAGAGUUAAUAAAACAGAUCAAAACUGACCUACAAAGAGAGACAGAAGAGAUUGACAAGAUCAAACUACACACACAAGAUGAGAUGCAAAAACUGGAGGAAAUAACAGCUCAACUCCAAAAAGAGAGAGAAGAAAUCGACAAUCUCAUUGAGGAGACAAAAAGAAAAAACAUGGUCUUGGAUGAAAUUAAUACAGAAAUUGAACUGAAAUCUAAAGCCAUUCAAUCUGAUAGAGACCAGCUUGAGAAGGAAAAACAUGAACUUGAGAAAACCAAACAUGAACUUGCUAAAAUCAAAGAGGAUCUUCAAAAGCAAUUUGCUGAGCAAGCAGAAAAGAAAGAAUUAAUCCUGGCAGAGACACAGAAAGAGAGAGACACCCUAAAGGAGAUGAAUGAGACCAUCACAAGACAAGUACAUGAUAUAAAAAAUCAAGAGGAACAACUGAGACAAAAACAACAUGAGCUUGAGCAAGUGAAAAUUGAAAUUCAGAAUAUGCAGAGAGAACUAGACAAUGACAGAAACAUUAUAAUAAAAGACAAAAGUCAGCUUGAUCUGAGACAAUCUGAGCUAGAUAAACUACAGGGAGAAGUGAGUGACAUUAUGGAAAAAAUGAGGGAUGAGAGAAGCCAACUAGAUAAAGAUGAACAUGAGAUUGAAGAACAGAAACAGCAAUUGAAGAAAGAAAAAGAUGAUGUAGACCAAAGCAGAGAAUAUCUGGCUGAAGACUUAAAGAUGAUGACACUUCAGAAACAAGUGUUUGAAGAUGAGAAGAACAAGUUAGAACAGAUGAAGAUUGAUCUGCAAAGAGAAGCUGAUGAUAUCAGAAAGCUCAAAGAAGAAACACAAAAUGAGGAACAGAGUGUGAAAAAGAUGGCCAAAGAACUUCAGAAGGAGAAAGAAGUUAUUGCUAAUCUUGCUGAAGAUACAAAGAGAAAACAUGAGGUUCUGGAUGAAAUGAAAACUGCAAAUGAGUCUUUAAUGGCAGAUCUACAAAAAGAGAAACACAGCCUUGAGCAAAUGAGAUUAAACAUUUCCAAAGAAACUGAUGAUAUUGAAAAUGAGAGAGAGAGAAUAAGACUCAGAAAAGAUGAGCUAGAUCAACUACAAACAGAGAUUAAUAGACAACAAAAUGAAAUGAAAAAGGAAAAUAACAACAUUGAAAGUGUAAGAGCUGCAGUGAUCAGAGAAAAACAAGACAUGAUGACUGAGCUGAGAAAGAAGUCUGAAGAUGUUGAGAUUCAGAUGAACGAGGUAAUGACCAAACAGGAAAUGUUGGAAAAUGAUAGAAAACUGCUGAAGAGAGACAUGGAAGAUCUGCAACAAAAACUAGUUAAUGUAGACAGAGACUCAGAGAGUCUGAAACAUGAUAGAGAAGCUUUGGAGAAUGAGAAGGAAUUAAUAAAACAGAUCAAAACUGACCUACAAAGAGAGACAGAAAAGAUUGAGAAGAUCAAACUACAAACACAAAAUGAAAGACAAAAGCUGGAUGAAAUGACAGCUCAACUCAAGAAAGAGAGGAAAGAAAUUAAUGAUCUUACUGAGGAGACCAAAGGAAAAGGCACAGUCUUGGAUGAAAUGAACAAAGAAAUUCAAGUGAAAAUUAAAGAAAUUCAAUCUGAUAGAGAUAUCAUUGAGAAGGAAAAACAUGAACUUGAGAAAAUCAAAAGGGAACUUGCUAUCGCAAAGGAGGAUAUUGAAAAAGAAAGAGAAAAGCAAGGAAUCACACUAGAAGAGAUACGGAAAGAUAGAGAGAGUCUAGAGAAGAUGAAGGAGACCAUCACAAGACAAACACACGUUACGAAAAAUCAAGAGGAACAAAUGAGACAAAAACAACAUGAACUUCAAAAACUGAAAACUGAAAUUCAAAAUCAGAAACAGGAACUAGACAAUGACAGAAACAUUAUAAUAAAAGACAAAAGUCAGCUUGAUUUGAGACAAUGUGAGGUAGAUAAACAACAGGGAGAAGUGACUGACAUUAUGGAAAAAAUUAGGAAUGAAAAAAGACAACUAGAUAAAGAUAAACAUGACAUUGAAGAACGGAAACAGCAAUUGAAGAAAGAAAGAGAUUAUGUAGACAAAAGCAGGGAAGGUCUGAAUGAAGACCUAAAUAUGAUGACAAUUCAGAAACAAGUGUUUGAAGAUGAGAAGAACAAGUUAGAACAGAUGAAGAUUGAUCUGCAAAGAGAAGCUGAUGAUAUCAGAAAGCUCAAAGAAGAAACACAAAAUGAGGAACAGAGUGUGAAAAAGAUGGCCAAAGAACUUCAGAAGGAGAAAGAAGUUAUUGCUAAUAUUGCUGAAGAUACAAAGAGAAAACAUGAGAUUCUGGAUGAAAUGAAAACUGAAAAUGAGUCUUUAAUGGCAAAUCUACAAAGAGAGAAAAACAAACUUGAGCAAAUGAGAUUGAACAUCUCCAAAGAAAAUGAUGAUAUUGAAAAUGAGAAAGAAAAAAUAAGACUCAGACAAGAUGAGCUAGAUCAACUACAAGCAGAGAUUUAUAAACAACAAAAUGAAAUUAUAAAGGGAAAGAACAACAUUGAAAGUGAAAGAGCUGCAGUGAUCAGGGAAAAAGAGGACAUGAUGACUGAGCUGAGAAAAAAGUCUGAAGAUGUUGAGAUUCAGAUGAAUGAGGUAAUGAUCAAACAGGAAAUGUUGGAAAAUGAUAGAAAGCUGCUGAAGAGAGACAUGGAAGAUCUGCAACAAAAACUAGUUAAUGUAGACAGAGACUCAGAGAGUCUGAAACAUGAUAGAGAAGCUUUGGAGAAUGAGAAAGAGUUAAUAAAACAGAUCAAAACUGACCUACAAAGAGAGACAGAAGAGAUUGACAAGAUCAAACUACACACACAAGAUGAGAUACAAAAACUGGAGGAAAUAACAGCUCAACUCCAGAAAGAGAGAGAAGAAAUCGACAAUCUCAUUGAGGAGACAAAAAGAAAAGACAUGGUCUUGGAUGAAAUUAAUACAGAAAUUGAACUGAAAUCUAAAGCCAUUCAAUCUGAUAGAGACCAGCUUGAGAAGGAAAAACAUGAACUUGAGAAAACCAAACAUGAACUUGCUAAAAUCAAAGAGGAUCUUGAAAAGCAAUUUGCUGAGCAAGCAGAAAAGAAAGAAUUAAUCCUGGCAGAGACACAGAAAGAGAGAGACACCCUAAAGGAGAUGAAUGAGACCAUCACAAGACAAAUACAUGAUAUAAAAAAUCAAGAGGAACAACUGAGACAAAAACAACAUGAGCUUGAGCAAGUGAAAAUUGAAAUUCAGAAUAUGCAGAGAAAACUAGACAAUGACAGAAACAUUAUAAUAAAAGACAAAAGUCAGCUUGAUCUGAGACAAUCUGAGCUAGACAAACUACAGGGAGAAGUGAGUGACAUUAUGGAAAAAAUGAGGAAUGAGAGAAGCCAACUAGAUAAAGAUAAACACGAGAUUGAAGAACAGAAACAGCAAUUGAAGAAAGAAAAAGAUGAUGUAGACCAAAGCAGAGAAUAUCUGACGGAAGACUUAAAGAUGAUGACACUUCAGAAACAAGUGUUUGAAGAUGAGAAGAACAAGUUAGAACAGAUGAAGAUUGAUCUGCAAAGAGAAGCUGAUGAUAUCAGAAAGCUCAAAGAAGAAACACAAAAUGAGGAACAGAGUGUGAAAAAGAUGGCCAAAGAACUUCAGAAGGAGAAAGAAGUUAUUGUUAAUCUUGCUGAAGAUACAAAGAGAAAACAUGAGAUUCUGGAUGAAAUGAAAACUGAAAAUGAGUCUUUAAUGGCAGAUCUACAAAGAGAGAAAAACAAACUUGAGCAAAUGAGAUUGAACAUCUCUAAGCAAACUGAUGAUAUUGAAAAUGAGAAAGAGAAAACAAGACUCAGACAAGAUGAGCUAGAUCAACUACAAGCAGAGAUUUAUAAACGACAAAAUGAAAUUAUAAAGGGAAAGAACAACAUUGAAAGUGAAAGAGCUGCAGUGAUCAGAGAAAAACAGGACAUGAUGACUGAGCUGAGAAAGAAGUCUGAAGAUGUUGAGAUUCAGAUGAAUGAGGUAAUGAUCAAACAGGAAAUGUUGGAAAAUGAUAGAAAACUGCUGAAGAGAGACAUGGAAGAUCUGCAACAAAAACUAGUUAAUGUAGACAGAGACUCAGAGAGUCUGAAACAUGAUAGAGAAGCUUUGGAGAAUGAGAAGGAGUUAAUAAAACAGAUCAAAACUGACCUACAAAGAGAGACAGAAAAGAUUGAGAAGAUCAAACUACAAACACAACAAGAUAUUGAAGAACAGAAACAGCAAUUGAAGAAAGAAAGAGAUGAAGUAGACCAAAGAAGAGAAUAUCUGACUGAAGACCUAAAGAUUAUGACACUUCAGAGACAAGUGUUUGAAGAUGAGAAGAACAAGUUAAAACAGAUGAAGAUUGAUCUGCAAAGAGAAGCUGAUGAUAUCAGAAAGCUCAAAGAAGAAACACAAAAUGAGCAACAGACUGUGAAAAAGAUGGCCAAAGAACUUCAGAAGGAGAAAGAAGUUAUUGCUAAUCUUGCUGAAGAUACAAAGAGAAAACAUGAGAUUCUGGAUGAAAUGAAAACUGCAAAUGAGUCUUUAAUGGCAGAUCUACAAAAAGAGAAACACAGUCUUGAACAAAUGAGAUUGAACAUCUCCAAAGAAAAUGAUCAUAUUGAAAAUGAGAAAGAGAAAAUAAGACUCAGACAAGAUGAGCUAGAUCAACUACAAGCAGAGAUUUAUAAACAACAAAGUGAAAUGAAAAAGGAAAAUAACAACAUUGAAAGUGUAAGAGCUGCAGUGAUCAGAGAAAAAGAGGACAUGAUGACUGAGCUGAGAAAGAAGUCUGAAGAUGUUGAGAUUCAGAUGAAUGAGGUAAUGAUCAAACAGGAAAUGUUGGAAAAUGAUAGAAAACUGCUGAAGAGAGACAUGGAAGAUCUGCAACAAAAACUAGUUAAUGUAGACAGAGACUCAGAGAGUCUGAAACAUGAUAGAGAAGCUUUAGAGAAUGAGAAGGAAGUAAUAAAACAGAUUAAAACUGACCUGCAAAGAGAGACAGAAGAGAUUGAGAAUAUCCAACUACAAACACAACAUGAAAGACAAAAGCUGGAUGAAAUGACAGCUCAACUCCACAAAGAGAGGAAAGAAAUCAGUGAUCUCAUUGAUGAAAUUAAAAAGAAGAGAGAUAUUCUGGAUGAAUCCUAUACUGAAAUACAAAGGGAACAAGAAGCAAUUGAGAGAGGCAAAGACUUGAUUAGAAGGGAAUGGUCUGACCUAGAGAAAAACAAAGCUGAGAUGUCUCAAACCAUGGAAGAGCUUUCUGAACAAAAAACAAACAUUGAGGUCACACUGGCAGAGAUGCAUCAAGAGAGAAACAUGCUUGAACAGAUGAGUGAGAAAAUAACAAGAGAAAGAAUGGCACUUGAAGAUGAAAAGCAAGAGUUGCGAAUAGAAAAGGAAGAUCUUAAAGGAAUGCGGGCAGAAAUUGAAAGAAAACAAGAAGAUAUUGAUCACCUGAGGUUUGGCUUAACAGAAGAGAGUCUGCUUGAGAAGUCAGAGGCUGAAAUUGUUCUUCAACAGAGUGACGUGGAUCUAGUCAAAUCUUUAUCAGACAAAGAAAUGUCAGAUAAAGAUGGAAAGAGGGUCUUGAUGGAGCAGAUGCUGGAAAUGGACUUAAAAGCUGCAUUAGAAACAGAUGUUGAGAGCCAAAAGUUAGACUUACCUGAAGCUGAGGAAAUACCUCAUAAACAGGAGAUGAUGUUAGAGAAGAAGUUUAUUGAAGAUGAAAAGAACAAACUGGAACAGUUGAGAGCUGAACUGAAAAGGCAAGCUGAACGCAUCGAAAAGGAAAAGCAAGACAUGCAAAAUGAAAGACAGAAGCUAGAAGAAAUGUCAGCUCAACUUCAGGAACAGAUAAGAAAUCUUGAAAGCCUUAAUGAUGAGAUUAAUGUUCAAAAAUGUAAUCAACAAAAGCAAGCAACUGAAUUUGAAAUGGAGAAGACUGAUUUAGAGAAAAUCAAAACAGAAAUUACUAAAGCCAACAAACUUCUUGCAGAACAGCAAGAAAAUAAUGAUAUGACAAUACAAGAAAUGAAGACAGAGAGGGACACUCUUGAAGAAAUGAGGGUGAACAUCACAAAACAAGUGGAGACUAUUCAAAAAGCGAACGAUAGUCUUUCUCGGAGAGAAAGUGAACUUGCAAAGCUGCAGGAAACCAUUUUACAACAACAAGAUGAAAUGGAUGAAAUGAAAAACACAAUUAUGAUGGAAAUGAGUCAACUGGACCAGAGACAAACUGAUAUUGAUCUAUUACAGCGAGAGGUUGAUGAUCUUAUGGAAUUCACAAAGACAGAAAUGACCGUCAUAGAAAGAGAAAGAGUGGAAAUGAUGUCACAGAAGAGAAAUAUAGAGAGAGAGAUGGUCAGUCUAGAGGAAGAAAAGAAAACCUGUGAACAACUGAGACUAGAAUUACUGGAGGAAAAGGAUCAGGUUGAAAAAGACAGAGAUCUCUUGACCAAAAAUUUGGAUCUUAUCGAGAGGCGAAAAAUGGAUGUGGAGAAAGAAUUAAAGAAUCUAAGAGUUGAGAAAUACACCUUUCAAAAUGAGAAGGAGGAACUAGAAAGGAUGAAAACUGACCUUCAAAAACAAGCUGAAGACUUGGAGAAACUAACUGAGAAGACCGAUGAAAGAUGGAGGGCAGAAGAGAUGGCAGCCAAAUUUAAAAAGCAAUUGGACAUAAGUGGUAUUCCAGCGGACUACCAACAGGGGAAAGAGCUCAUAGAUGAGAUAGAGAAGCAAAGACAGGAAAUACAGUCUGCCAAAGACUUGCUUCAAGAAGAAAGAUCUGAGCUGGAGAAAACCAAAGCAGAGAUUAACCAAGCCAUGGAAGAACUAAAACACCAAAGAACUGACUUACAGAGAGAUAAAGACAUUAUGAAGCAAAUGAAUACAAAUAACUUAAGACAAAUAGCUCAAAUUGAAGAUGGGAAGGAAAAAUUACAACACAAAGAAAACGAACUAGAACAAUUGAUAACAGAACUUCAAAAUAAACAAAAAGAAAUGGAUGACAUGAAAAGCAACAUAAUGAAACAAAAGGCUGAUUUUGAGAAUCUGGAGCAAAAAAGAGCUGAGUUGGCUAGAGACUUGGAAAACCUCCAAAAUGAGAAACAAGCUUUUAAAUCUGAACAAGAUGAGCUGGAAAAGGAGAGAGAGUAUAUUGAGAAGUUGAAGCUAGAAGUUCAUAAAGAAAGGCAGAGGGCUGCAGAAGAGUUAGAAAAAGAGAGACAUCAAUUUGCAAAGGGGGUCAAAAUGAAAAAUGACACCCUGGAUGAAAUACAAGCUGACAUAGAUAGACAAAAACAAGCCAUUGCUGUAGACAAGAUGGAUCUGGAAAAAACCAAAGAACAUUUUAAAAGACAAUCCAAGGAGAGUGAAAUCAAAUGUGCAGACCUGCAGAAAGAGCGAGAUAUUCUUGAUAAGAUGAGUGUGGAAAUCUUAAAGCAAAAACAUGACCUGGAGAUAGAAAGAGGUGAACUGUUAGAUCAGCGUCAGCUGAUGGAGACACUAAAGAAAGACACUGAAUAUGUGGAACAACUGAGGAAAGAGCUUUUGGAUGAAAAGGAAUUGACUGAGAAAAGCAGAAUGCAACUGAAACAAGACAUAGAAGAUAUGGAACAAAUUAAAUUAAAUCUACAUAAAGAAUUAGAGGAGAUAAAAGUUCAGAAACAGGAUAUUCAAGAUGAAAGAGUUCAACUAGAGCAAAUGAAAGCUGAGUUAGCAAAAGAAAGAAUAGCAAAUGAUGAAAUGUUGAGAGAGGCCAAAAAAGAAAUGGAGAAAUAUGAGGAGAUCAAAUCAAAUAUUUUAAUCCAAAAAGAAGAGUUUGAAACUAAAAGACAAUCAGACAUAGAGGAACUAUUUGGUAUGAGAGCUGAAAUACUCAAACAGAAAGAGGAAUUAGAGGACAAGAUGCAAAAGACUAAACGUGAGAUGAAAGAACUGAAGAUUCUUCAGGAUGAAACUGAUAGCAAGAGGAAAGAUCUUGAUCACAAGAUGAGACAAGUAGUGAGAAAGAGCGAUGAUCUGGAGAAAAUGAGAGCUGAUAUUGAAAGUGCAAAUGAGAAACUUGAAAUGGACAGAGUUAUGUUAAGUAUAGAGCGUGAUGACAUGGAGCGAAUGAAAGCUGAGAAACACAGAGCUGGAGAGGAACUACAAUCUCAUAUUGAAGAAAGAGGUGGAGAUCUGGAAGAGAAAGAACAAAUAAACACCAAGAUACAAAGGCUUAUUCAAGAGGCUGAAAAGGCUAGCGAAAUGGCCUGGAGAUCAAAACAUGACCUGGAAAGAAGCAUGCAGAGAGAUGUUAAUAUUCAAGCAGAUUCAGAGGAAAGGCAAGAAAUGAGUGCUUACAUGCAGAGACUGAUCCAGGAAAUUGAGCAUGUCAGAGAGGUUCUCGGAAGAAUGAAAGAUGAAGUCAAGUCUGCUAGAAAUGAAAGAUUUGAACUAGAGGACAUGAGGCUGGAAGUCGAAGCUAUGAAAUAUAGCAUGAAGGAAACCUAUGAGCAACAGAACAAAGAGAUAGAAAAUGAGAAGCAGCAAAUUGAGAGUACCAAAGACUUGCUGAGCAAAGAGCGAAGUGAUCUUGAGCGAAACAGAUCUGAUUUGGAGAGACAAAAACGAGAAAUGGCAUUGGACAAACAGAAAUUACACAAUGAAAAUGAACUGCUGAACAAAGAAAAUGUUGAAAUGAAGAAGCAAUAUGAAAUUCUCAAAAACCUUCUAGAAGAAACAACCAGAGAAAGUACAGUACAAACAGUUAAACCUUACAGAAAAAAGAAAGAAAUGAGGAGAGAUUCAGAGGAAUUAAGGAAAAAAAUUGAAUCUUUAAGCAUGGACGACCAGCAAGAAGAGAGUGAGAGUGAGAGUCAGACAGAUGAAAUUAACAGACAAAUAGACAAACUGACAGAGUUGAAGGCUGAGCUGGAUCAACAGCAGGUAGAACUACAGAAAACUAAAGCAGACUUAAAACACCAGAUGGAUGAGCUAGAAAAUAUGAGGUCUGAGAUGUUACAACAUGAAAAGGACACGAGAGAGGUGGUGCUGAAGGAUAUACAGAGCCAGAGAGAAAUACUAGAAAAAAGGAUUCAGAAAAUGAUGCAUGAGAAGGGAGAACUGGAAGUCUUAAGGUCUGAAAUAGUCCUAGAAAAGAAAGAUCUGGAACAGAAGAUGAAACAAGUCAUGAGAAAGAGGGAUGAGGUGGAAAAAAUUAAGACUGAGAUAGCAAAGGCAAGAGAGGAGAUCAACAGAGAGCGGCAGGAGCUGGAAACACUCAGGAAUGAUGUUCAAAGUGCAAAAGAGGAUUUUGAGCUAUUGGUGGAGAAAACUGUGAAUCUAGAAGAUGAGGAAAGUACCAAUGCUGACAUCAAAAGACUAAUUUUAGAGGUUGUGAAAAUCAGGGAAAUGGUGAGAAAUCUAAAAGUUGACAUGGAGAGCAGGAUGGAGAAAAGUGAGGUGGUGAGAGAUGUAAAGGAAAACUUCAAGGCUGAGAUCCAGAGACUCAUUCAAGAUAUUGGACAAAUACAGGAAAAUCUUGGAUACCUUAGAAAAGAGAUAGAAACCACUAGAAGAGACAAGAAUGAAUUGGAGAAGAUGAGACCAGAACUUGCAGAAAAGCAACAGGUGGAAGAGAACAUGAGAGAAAUGCUGCAGAAAGAAAGAGAAGAACUGGAGCAGCUGAAGGAUGAGAUAAAUAGAGAAAAGGAGGAUUUGGAGACCAAAAGAGAGCUGGUUAAGGUAGAAAUAGCUAAAGAAAUAAUGGAAGAGUUUAAGGACACAAGAAAGAAAAAGGAAGAACUGGAAAUGGUCACUGAGGAACUCUUAAGAAACAAGAGUGAUCUGGAACAGCUCAACAGAGACAUACAAAACCUAUGGCAAACCAUGGAAGAAAUGAAAACCCUGCAUGAAAAGAAAAGAGCUGAACUGGAAGGCAUUACUUUUGAAGUUAAGAGGAGAGAGCAGAUACUGGAGAAGCAGAAACAUGAGUUGGAAGAGAAAAGUUGGAUUGUUGAAGAAAUAGAGAAAAAGAAAGAUGCACUUGAAAAGAUCAGUAUGGAAAUACUGAGGAAACAAGAAUAUAUUGGAAAAGAAAUGGACAAUUUAAGGCAAGAGAAGCAAGAGCUGGAGCUCUCUAUAAGUGAACUACAGAGACAGAGAGGUGAUGUUGAAUCUUCAAUACAUGCUUUGGUCAUGAAGAAGGAUCAAUUAGAAGAUGAACAAGCCAAAAUCAAUCAACAAAGGCAAGAAGUGAGUGCUGCCAUGAAGGCUUAUGAUGUGGAACUGAAAAAUCUAGGAAAGGUAAGGAAUGAACUAGAAAACGAGAGGGCAAAACUUGAUGAAAAGCUCCAUGAUGCAACAAAAUUGGAGGAGAAACUACAGGAUAUGAAGAGUAAACUAAACAAAGAAAAAGAGCAAAUGGAAGAAAUGAAGCAGAUGGUCAGCACAGAGAGACAACUGAUUGAACAAGAGACUGCUGAGCUUCAGAAGAAGAAGGAACUGGAAAGAAAGGAAACUGAAAUGGAACAUGAGCAGAAGAAAAUGAGUGAUGGCAGUAAGAUGAUUGAACAGGAAAGAAAAGACUUGCAAAAGAUGAGGUCUGACAUGAUGACAGAAAGAAAGCAAAUGGAAGACAUGAGAGAAGAAAUCAAACUAGAGAGAUCAGCACUUGACCACAAAAUACAAGAGAUUGAUCUAGAAAAGAUUCAAAUUGAAAAUGACAAAGAAAUAGUUCAGAAGUUAAUGAAUAAAGUAGAAGAUCAGAGACGUUAUAUUAAACUCCAGAGAGAAGAACUUGACCUUGAAAAACAAAAGAUCACUGAUGAAAAUUGUAUUCUAGCUGAAAGUAAGACAGAGCUGCAAAAAGAAAGCGAACAAAUCAAAUGGAUGGAGGAGGAAAUAAAGAAGGAGAGAGAAACACUGAAGGAAAUGGAAGCUCAUCUACAAAAGGAAAAGGAAGACAUUGAGAGUGUCACUGAAGAAAUACAGAGAAAGCAAGAGGAUCUGGAAAAAAUGAAUACAGAAAUAAUUGAACAAAAACAAGAGUUGAAGAAAAGCGGAGACCUUUUAGAACAAGAAAGAGAAGAAAUAAACCACAAAUGGACACAGUUACAACAGAGAAUUGAUGCAUUUGAUGCUCAGGUCAGCAAACAGAAGGAAGAAUAUCUAACAGAACAAAAUGAAAUGGAAGAAGAAAGAAAAGGUCUAGAAGAAACCAAAGUCAAGAUCCUGGAGCUGAAAACUAAAGCUGAGCAGGAACAUCAAGACAUGAGCCUAAAAAUGCAGGAGUUGAACACACUGCAAGAACAUAUUAAGAAAGAACAAGAGAAAGAAGAUGAAAUGAGAAUACAAGAAAACAUAGUGAGAGAAGAACUUGAUCAGAUAAAGAGCGAACUAGAAAGAGAGAAAACUAAAAUAGAUCACGAGCAGAAGAAAAUGGAUGAUGACAGCAAGAUGAUUGAAUGGGAAAGAAAAGACCUGCAAAAGAUAAGAUCUGACAUGAUGACAGAAAGAAAGCAAAUGGAAGACAUGAAAGAAGAAAUCAAACUAGAGAGAUCAGCACUUGACCAAAAAAUACAAGAGAUUGAUCUAGAAAAGGUUCAAAUUGAAAAUGACAAAGAAAUAGUUCAGAAGUUAAUGGACAAAGUAGAAGAUCAGAGACGUUAUAUUAAACUCCAGAGAGAAGAACUUGACCUUGAAAAACAAAAGAUAAAUGAUGAAAAUUGUAUUCUAGCUGAAAGUAAGACAGAGCUGCAAAAAGAAAGCGAACGAAUCAAAUGCAUGAAGGAGGAAAUAAAGAAGGAGAGAGAAACACUGAAGGAAAUGGAAGCUCAUCUACAAAAGGAAAAGGAAGACAUUGAGAGUGUCACUGAGGAAAUAAAGAAGGAGAGAGAAACACUGAAGGAAUUGGAAGCUCAUCUACAAAAGGAAAAUGAAGAUGUUGAGAGUGUGACUGAAGAAACAAAUAGAAAGCAAGAGGAUCUUGAAAGAAUGAAUACAGAAAUAAUUGAACAAAAACAAGAGUUGAAGAACAGCAGAGACCUUCUAGAACAAGAAAGAGAAGAAAUAAAACACAAAUGGACACAGUUACAACAGAGAAUUGAUGCAUUUGAUGCUCAGGUCAGCAAACAGAAGGAAGAAUAUCUAACAGAACAAAAGGAAAUAGAAGAAGAAAGAAAAGGUCUAGAAGAAACCAAAGUCAAGAUCCUGGAGCUGAAAACUAAAGCUGAGCAGGAACAUCAAGACAUGAGCCUAAAAAUGAAGGAGUUGAACACACUGCAAGAACAUAUUAAGAAAGAACAAGAGAAAGAAGAUGAAAUGAGAAUACAAGAAAACAUGGUGAGAGAAGAACUUGAUCAGAUAAAGAGCGAACUAGAAAGAGAGAAAACUAAAAUAGAUCACGAGCAGAAGAAAAUGGAUGAUGACAGCAAGAUGAUUGAAUGGGAAAGAAAAGACCUGCAAAAGAUAAGAUCUGACAUGAUGACAGAAAGAAAGCAAAUGGAAGACACGAGAGAAGAAAUCAAACUAGAGAGAUCAGCACUUGACCAAAAAAUACAAGAGAUUGAUCUAGAAAAGGUUCAAAUUGAAAAUGACAAAGAAAUAGUUCAGAAGUUAAUGGACAAAGUAGAAGAUCAGAGACGUUAUAUUAAACUCCAGAGAGAAGAACUUGACCUUGAAAAACAAAAGAUAAAUGAUGAAAAUUGUAUUCUAGCUGAAAGUAAGACAGAGCUGCAAAAAGAAAGCGAACAAAUCAAAUGCAUGGAGGAGGAAAUAAAGAAGGAGAGAGAAACACUGAAGGAAAUGGAAGCUCAUCUACAAAAGGAAAAGGAAGAUGUUGAGAGUGUCACUGAGGAAACAAAGAUAAAGCAAGAGGAUCUGGACAAAAUUAAUACAGAAAUAAUUAAACAAAAACAAGAGUUAAAGAACAGCGGAGACCUUCUAGAACAAGAAAGAGAAGAAAUAAACCACAAAUGGACACAGCUACAACAGAGAAUUGAUGCAUUUGAUGCUCAGGUCAGCAAACAAAAGGAAGAAUAUCUAACAGAACAAAAGGAAAUAGAAGAAGAAAGAAAAGGUCUAGAAGAGACCAAAGUCAAGAUCCUGGAGCUGAAAACUAAAGCUGAGCAGGAACAUCAAGACAUGAGCCUAAAAAUGCAGGAGUUGAACACACUGCAAGAACAUAUUAAGAAAGAUCAAGAGAAAGAAGAAGAAAUGAGAGUAAAAGAUAACAUGGUGAGAGAAGAACUUGAUCAGAUAAAGAGCGAACUAGAAAGAGAGAAAACUAAAAUAGAUUACGAGCAGAAGAAAACGGAUGAUGACAGCAAGAUGAUUGAACGGGAAAGAAAAGACCUUCAAAAGAUGAGGUCUGACAUGAUGACAGAAAGAAAGCAAAUGGAAGACACGAGAGAAGAAAUCAAACUAGAGAGAUCAGCACUUGACCACAAAAUACAAGAGAUUGAUCUAGAAAAGAUUCAAAUUGAAAAUGACAAAGAAAUAGUUCAGAAGUUAAUGGAUAAAGUAGAAGAUGAGAGACAUUAUAUUAAACUCCAGAGAGAAGAACUUGACCUUGAAAAACAAAAGAUCACUGAUGAAAAAUGUAUUCUAGCUGAAAGUAAGACAGAGCUGCAAAAAGAAAGCGAACAAAUCAAAUGCAUGAAGGAGGAAAUAAAGAAGGAGAGAGAAACACUGAAGGAAUUGGAAGCUCAUCUACAAAAGGAAAAUGAAGAUGUUGAGAGUGUGACUGAAGAAACAAAUAGAAAGCAAGAGGAUCUUGAAAGAAUGAAUACAGAAAUAAUUGAACAAAAACAAGAGUUGAAGAACAGCAGAGACCUUCUAGAACAAGAAAGAGAAGAAAUAAAACACAAAUGGACACAGUUACAACAGAGAAUUGAUGCAUUUGAUGCUCAGGUCAGCAAACAGAAGGAAGAAUAUCUAACAGAACAAAAGGAAAUAGAAGAAGAAAGAAAAGGUCUAGAAGAAACCAAAGUCAAGAUCCUGGAGCUGAAAACUAAAGCUGAGCAGGAACAUCAAGACAUGAGCCUAAAAAUGCAGGAGUUGAACACACUGCAAGAACAUAUUAAGAAAGAUCAAGUGAAAGAAGAAAAAAUGAGAAUACAAGAAAACAUGGUGAGAGAAGAACUUGAUCAGAUAAAGAGCGAACUAGAAAGAGAGAAAACUAAAAUAGAUCACGAGCAGAAGAAAAUGGAUGAUGACAGCAAGAUGAUUGAAUGGGAAAGAAAAGACCUGCAAAAGAUAAGAUCUGACAUGAUGACAGAAAGAAAGCAAAUGGAAGACAUGAAAGAAGAAAUCAAACUAGAGAGAUCAGCACUUGACCAGAAAAUACAAGAGAUUGAUCUAGAAAAGGUUCAAAUUGAAAAUGACAAAGAAAUAGUUCAGAAGUUAAUGGAUAAAGUAGAAGAUCAGAGACAUUAUAUUAAACUCCAGAGAGAAGAACUUGACCUUGAAAAACAAAAGAUAAAUGAUGAAAAUUGUAUUCUAGCUGAAAGUAAGACAGAGCUGCAAAAAGAAAGCGAACAAAUCAAAUGCAUGGAGGAGGAAAUAAAGAAGGAGAGAGAAACACUGAAGGAAUUGGAAGCUCAUCUACAAAAGGAAAAGGAAGACAUUGAGACUGUCACUGAGGAAACAAAGAUAAAGCAAGAGGAUCUGGAAAAAAUGAAUACAGAAAUAAUUAAACAAAAACAAGAGUUGAAGAACACCAGAGACCUUCUAGAACAAGAAAGAGAAGAAAUAAACCAUAAAUGGACACAGUUACAACAGAGAAUUGAUGCAUUUGAUGCUCAGGUCAGCAAACAAAAGAAAAAUAUCUGACAGAACAAAAGGAAAUAGAAGAAGAAAGAAAAGGUCUAGAAGAGACCAAAGUCAAGAUCCUGGAGCUGAACACUAAAGCUGAGCAGGAACAUCAAGACAUAAGCCUAAAAAUGCAGGAGUUGAACACACUGCAAGAACAUAUUAAGAAAGAUCAAGGGAAAGCAGAAGAAAUGAGAAUAAAAGAAAACA